GGGGACCUUGGGACUUGAAAUUUACCGUCGGAGGCGUGCCCGUCGUUGGAAAUCGUUUAGAAAACGCGAAAUAAAGCCGGGCCAUUCAGCAACGUCAGUCGCGCGCACAGUUGCUUAUUCCUACGUCGAUAAUUUUGCGCGCUUUGUGACGAUCGCAUAUAGUCGUGUCUUCUGAAAGGAAAGUCGUGGAAAAAAACUCGUGUAACAUGAUAAAGCCGCCUUUUCGCAAUCCAGAUGUAGACAUUCAUUUUUUUCCCUCCUUUAUUCGGGGUUCGUUGUAAUUUAUGUUCCUUGUACUUUCUUUUUUUUUCCGAGAGCUAUACGCGGAAAAAAGAAGUCGAAAGCCGAGGAGGAAAAAAUAGCCCGUGGUUUACGCGUACUUCCUACUUUUUUACGAGAGAGCUAUACGCCUGCAUACAAAUACAUAGCGGGGCCCCUUUUUCUUUGAAAAUAUUUUAUUCCUCCAAGAAGGAAAUGUCCAUUGGUACCGAGAGAGCGAAACUUUGUUCCUUUUUUUUCAAGCGAGCUUUGCGCAACUCUUUCGUCGGCGGGAAAGCACUUCGAAUUCUGCGAGGAGCGUUAACUUUCGCGGAAAAUUCCUGCGACGAUUUUUGCGAUAAAGUUCGGGGAAUCGAAUUCCGCGAAAAAAUUGCCAACUUUUUCUCUCUCCGAACAACGUCCUCUCGCUGAUAAACUGUUUCAAAUUAUACGAAUCAAGCUUGCAAGCUUGCAAACGUAAACUCUCGGAAGUCGAAGUUGCGUUGGAGCUGCGAGAGCAAAGAACGAACGGAGGGAAUGAGUGAAAGUUUGAACUAUCAGGAAUUAAUGAUGGCAUACAGUAUGAAAAAACUUCCGACCGAGCGAUGUCACCGACGUGCUGCGGGUGAAUCAAAAUUAAUUCGAUUUUAUCUCUCCCUUACGCAGCGCGGGUUAUUGGUAUCAAUAAUCUUUUUUCUCCCGAGGAACUUCCUCUUCUUUUUCUUCUUCUUCUUCUUUCGGUGCAAAGUUGCUCCCAUCAUUUUCCUAUUUACCAAAAAAAAGGAUGAGGAUUUUAAUUCUUCUGGAGCGCACGCGCUGCGGUCAAAUAAGCCGUGAAAUUAAGUCAAAGCCGCGCGGUGCAUAAAAGUUGAUUAAACAUUCGACUUAACGAAUUAAAGCCGCUCGCGGCAAGAAGAACAAAAAGCAGAGAGCUUCCUCGAGAGGCGGCAGCGAGUUGAAAAAUUUCCAGCCGCGCCAAUUAUUCAACGCGCGUUACGUGUCUUGUAUAUUCUUACGUCCUAAGUAUAACGUACUCGAACGGUGCGCGUAUACUAUUUUUACGCAUGUGCCGCGGCUAGAGGUAAAGUGUCUCCCGGCGCUUAAAACUUGUGUAAAUUUAUGCACGUGAGAGCUAUAUUCGGAGGAAAAUUCUUUCACCGCAGCUCACACGCACACACACACACACACACACACACGGCUCUCGUUCUGUCAAAAAGAGCGUGUACCCUCUCUCCAUCGUUUCCUCGUUAGAUCCCUCGCCCCCACCCCGUCUCCCGCGUCACGAGUAUCUGGGGUGGGGGGACACAGUCAGGUGGGGAGAGGUCGAAAGGAGCUUGCGGAGCGCGCGCACUAGGUCAGGCUGGCGCAGCUGUAGUCUGAGGGCUUGACCGCCCACUGCACACGCUAACUUUCCUUCCUUCUCUCUCUCCCGUUCUCCAGAGGGGCACACACAGCAGUGCCGUUUGACCUGUGCAGCGUGGUGGCGCCGCACCUGCGCAGGUGCUGGCGCUCAUCAUCGCGCCAAAACAAAGAGCUAGAGAAAGAGAGAUAGAGAGAGAGAGAGAGAGAGAGAGAGAGAGAGAGAGAGAGAGAGCCCGGUAGCAGUGGACUCGUCUUGCGCAAGCUCAGCCGGCGGUGGCGGCAUGUAUGCGCGAGUGUGUGUGUACAAGAGCCGCCUCGUUCUAUCGAUUCUCGCUCUCGAGCGCGGCAGCUCUACGUCAUCCUGCAGUGUGCAUAAGAACUGAUCGUCGGACGACGACUGUGCGGCGCACGCCGCGAGAUCCCUGCCUCGCCGAGAGAGAGAGAGAGAGAGAGAGAGAGAGAGAGAGAGAGAGAGAGAGAGAGAGAGAGAGAGAGAGAGUAUACAGCCCGCGUUGUGGGUGGAGGAGAAGGAGGGCUGCUCGUCAUCGAUGUAGCAGGCGCAACGAUCGCGAAUCGUCGGGCUGCGCAUACGCUCUCUCUCUCUUGCUCUCUCCGCCACCGCCGCUGCUUGGAUCCUCCGCUCUUACUGGUUUCUCUUUCUCUCGCACACCAGUGCCUCGCCGAGCGCCGAACGAAUCGCACGCACGUCGCGUCUCCGCUCCUUGCAUACACGCACUUUCCGUUACACGCAACACCGAGUCGUUGGUGCGAGCCGUUCACCGAGUGACAUAAUCGCGGCAGUUCAGUUCAGGCGAUGCGUCGUCCUCGCUCGGAGGACUAGACGGAGGAGAAGGAUAGAUCGCCGCGGUAGAGCAGACUUGGAGCGAGCGGGAGGAUAGGGACGACAGGAGGCCCAGGAGGAAAUGCCGGAACCAGCAGCGAGGGCGCAGAAGAAGAAGCAGCAGCAGCGACGCUCGAGGACGAGGGCGACCAAGGCUGGCCCAUCGUCGCUGCUGUUGUUGUUGUCCUCGUAGCCCGCCGACUAACAGCGCGUCUGGCCGAGCCUCUUCAUCUCUGUCUCUGUCUCUUCUCUCUCGCUCUCUCGCUCUCGCUCUGUCUACCUGUCUCCGCCGCCGCCGCCGCCGCCGCCAAGUUCAAAGGCACCACACCGCACGCGCUACGCGCCCGUGCAGCGACUCGUUGUUUCUAUUUUAUUAUAGUAAAGCGAUAUCGCUAGGCAGAAUUUUUAGCAGCUGGAGACAAAUCGAUCGAUAUUCAAGGUGUACCAGUGUGCGUGUGUGUGUCGUUGCUGCUGCUGUAAAUAUUGUACACGCGAGUACCCGCCGUUGUUACCUAUAUAUACACGUUUACUCGUCGGUCGUUGCAGGGAUUCGCUGAGGUACACGACACACUGCACGCCUAUUAUUAUUAUCGUUGCUAACGCUAUAUAUAUACUGUGUAAGUCACGAGAAGUAACUUAAGGAUAUUACAUUUAAAAACAAACAUAAACAAACAAAAAUUGAUUCAUUCGUAUACGUUGUAAGCGAACGAAAAAGCAUAGAGUUUCCAAAGGCCUACACAAAGGUGUUUCACUCAAAGAAGAAGAGGAAAUCAUAACCGUAGAUAAGAAGAAACACACGCAUACACAGACGCGUGAAGCGAAGCAGCAUCGAUAGCACUUAACGAAGAAACUUAAACUAAGACGUACACACACGCUCCCGUAUAGGUAGAAAAGCUAGAGCCGUUUAGUUGCUUAGAGCAAAAAAAAAGUGUAGAAGCGGGGAGUUUUCAGCCGAGCGCGGAGAACCGCGACUAUACGACCACGAACAAGAGGAGGGAGAGUAACGGGGAGAAACGAGGAAAAACCGACGACAACGAGGGAAAGCCGAUGCUUUUUACGUGUUUUACGCUCCAAGCUGAAUUUCGACGAACUCGACGCACGCUCAAAGUACCUAACUAAAGUAUAGAUAUAUAUAUAUAUAUAUAUACACACGCAUAUAUAUACGAGAUAUAUACAUUAACGUUUUAAAGUUGUACAUCGUUAUUACUGAUAUAUUACCUGCUCCGCAGAUCAAGUGUUAGUAGUGGCGAGACGAAAAAAGUAAACAAACUCGGUAGACCUUUGAUACGUAAGCAUUUGCCAAAGAAGUAGAAGCAGCCUCAAUUUUCGAGCGGACUUUUCUCGCAAGUUUUUCGCGCGCGCGCGUCACGCAGUGUUGUUGUUCUCGUUGACGGCGCGCGCUCGUUCUCAUUGUUCUCCCCUAGACAGAAGCUAUAGCAGAGAGGAGUGUCACGGAGUGCGUCGCGUGUGACAAAAAGCGCGUAUUGUAUUCUUUCUACGAAGAGAAGCUGAAGGUCCUGUGAAGCCGAGUGUGUACAUAGAGAUAAUACGCGCCGUUGUUUUUACCCCCAGCGAUGAUCCCGACGAGCGUCGAAGGCAGUGCAGAGCGUUAACCGCCGAUUCGUAUAUCAGCACACGUAUAUAUCUAGGUGGAAGGGGGAGACAACAGCAGCAGCGGCGACGGCGUCACUGAUAGAUUGAUUGAUAGACUAUGGGUUCGGCCCCGAUAGCCUCGACGGCAACGCCGGGAACUUAGUGCACUUAUCUCUACCCCGCUGGACAGUAUCCUACGUACACACACACACACACAGACAGAGCAGAGGAAGAAGAAGAAGAAGAAGCAAGAAGGGGAUAUCUUCCGCGCGAGGUCAAAGCAGCAAAUAUGGAUGUCGCCGCGUCGGCUGGUGCUAUGCUCGAUGGCCUCAAGAACAAUCGCAUCAGCAAGCUCGCGCUCUCGCGCUUCCUCUCGCAGAGCCUACCAGUUACGCCGGCUAUCGAAGAGAAAAGAAACCACUCAAAACCAAACGCCAGCGAAAACGAAGCGCAGCUAGAAACGACAGGCAGCCCGGGGAGCAAAUCGCCGGCGGGAGUGAGCGGAGGCCCGGCCUCGGCCACCGGAAGCAGUGGUACCUCGGCAGGAAAUGCCAGCGGGGCGGCGGUGGGUCCGGGCGGUGAGCCCAGGACACCCACCGCUGGACCCCAGAACAAGCAGCUACAGAAUGUCAAGGGAGAGCAUCCUUCGGUAAGUUCAGAGAAGGCCUUUCUGCAGAGCAGAUCCAUUUCGCUGGUGGACAUGUACAUCGACAACGCGGAGCCCACCGAGAACGUCGGCCAGAUUCACUUCAGCCUCGAGUACGACUUCCAGAGUACCACGCUCAUUUUGCGCAUUAUACAGGGUAAGGACUUACCAGCGAAGGAUCUGUCCGGCACGUCCGAUCCUUAUGUGAGAGUCACCCUGCUGCCCGACAAGAAGCACCGACUCGAGACGAAGAUCAAGAGGAGAACCCUCAAUCCAAGAUGGAACGAGACCUUUUAUUUUGAAGGCUUUCCGAUUCAGAAGUUACAGAGCCGAGUGCUCCACCUCCACGUCUUUGACUACGAUCGAUUCUCUAGGGACGACUCCAUAGGGGAGAUGUUCCUGCCGCUCUGCCAGGUCGAUCUCUCGGAGAAGCCGUCGUUCUGGAAGUCCCUGAAGCCACCAGCGAAGGACAAGUGCGGCGAGCUUCUCUGCUCGCUCUGCUACCACCCGAGCAACUCGGUACUCACACUCACGGUCCUCAAGGCGCGGAACCUCAAGGCCAAGGACAUCAACGGAAAGUCAGAUCCGUACGUGAAGGUCUGGCUGCAGUUCGGCGACAAGAGGAUCGAGAAGCGCAAAACCGAGAUCUACAAGUGCACCCUGAAUCCAGUAUUCAACGAGCCGUUCUCCUUCAAUGUCCCCUGGGAGAAGAUCCGAGAGUGCUCGCUGGACGUCAUGGUCAUGGAUUUCGAUAAUAUUGGCAGGAACGAGCUGAUUGGCCGCAUACUUCUUGCAGGUAAAAACGGCAGCGGAGCGAGCGAGACGAAGCACUGGCAGGACAUGAUAACGAAGCCGAGGCAGACGAUCGUGCAGUGGCACCGCCUCAAGCCCGAGUAAGUCGACGCUCGGUGCGGAGGUCUCUCAGUUACUCUCGCAGCACACUAUGUGACAGCGCGUCUCUCAGGACGACGGAAGGAAUCCUUUUUUCGCGCCAUUCCCCUGGAAAACGGCUGGACGACGACGAAGGAGGAGGAGAAGGACGGCCGAGGCUCUUUCUCGCAUAUGUGGAGAGGAAGGAAGAGGAGGACUCUCCGAUGUCUCGAGGAACCCGUGCAUAUAUAUGGAGAUUUUCUCGAGGGGAGAGAGAGAGAGAGAGAGAGAGAGAGAGCUCUCGGCUCUAUUAUUCUUAUUGCUAUCAUGAUGAUAUAUCCUCACGAAUCGCGAUCUCACCGGACGACCUCUAUAUACUAUACGCAUAUAUAAUACAGUACAUAUACCGACGACAACAUCUCUAUCUUUCACGUAUUAUAUAUAUAUCCGUAUAUGAUACACACGCUAACACUGUCCGCCGAGAGAAAAUUGUGUACGCGACAGGGGAAUUUUAUAUAUAUAUAUAUAUAUAUAUAUAUAUAUAUAUAUAUAUAUAUAUAUAUAUAAAACAAGAACUCUCUCUCUUCGCGAGUGACACACGUUCUCAGAGCUUUAAGAGGAGAAUAUAUACCUGUUCCUAUAUACCUUCGUGUGUGAUCGACUGUUUUAUUCGUUUUGCGUUCCGUUCUUGCGUACCAUUAUCAUUGCUAUUAUUAUUAUUACUUAUGCUUAUAUUACACGUAGAGUUUAAGGAGCUUAUAUCCGAGGAACCGUUGCGUUGUUGAUUCUGGUCCGGAGCUGCAAGGGAUGGGAUAUCGAUCUUGGAAAGAUUGAUUCCGGGGCUUGGUUGAUGCUAAAUACACUGUGAUGAUUGACAGAUUAUAUCUGGACGCGCGCGUGCGACCGCUCUCGUGCGGUAAUGGGAUUCGAAGAGAGGACUGUUCUAAUUAAGAUCUUCGGUUCCAGCCUAUAAGUUAUUCUAUUAUCCUUAUAUUCGACAGUUCAACUAUCAUUCUCCGUUCGUUAUCGUUGAUACACAAGGCAAAAUACAGUGUGUUAUAUAUAGUAAUUGACUGUUCGUACAAUAAAUAGCUUUCGUAAAAAAAAAGAAACAAUGAGGAAGAGUAAAGUCAUCGAGAUUUUUUCAUAUGCAUGUAGCUGCAGUGUGGUUUAGCAUUGGCCAUCGUCCCGCGAGAGAGUUGUCGUGCUGCGUCACAUCAUGUGUAAUUCCAGUUAUAAAUCGCGCUACGAUUAUUACAUAAUAGAUAAGACAACAAAAAAAGCAAGCAAGCUAGCUAGCGAGCGGCUGAUUGUUACGUAAGAUUUUGCGCCUAUACACUGCGUGCAGCUGGCUAGAUACGAGGCUUCGUUAUAAUGCGACGACGACGAUGACGAUGAGGUCCUUUCGUUGCGAUAACUUGUCACAUUCAGUUACUCGAGCUACUGCUGCGACGUGUAUUACUGUAAAGCAAGUAGUAGUUGUUGCGAGGAGAACGACGUAACGGGGGUUGAUUAUUUUUUUAGCAAGCUGCAAAGUGUCCGUCUCGGGUAAUUGGUAAUUAUUUGAGACGCUUGUGCGUAGUUGAGCAUAAUCGAGCGACUAACUUUAUCGUGACUCUAGGUAUUGUAAGAAAAUUAAAAAGAUAAAAAUAAAAAAAAACAAAAAGAAGCUCGCUGGAACUCGCGCACACGCGAUUUCUAGCGAGCUGUAUUAGUAGCUAUUUGUAAAACUCGUACUCGGUAUAUCAUUAAUAAUGUAUAAGCAUUGAGGGGAUGUGCAACGGCGCGAUUAUUAAUAGUAAUUAUCAAUUACUUUUGCUAUCACGUAAAACACACGUUGUAGUGAUUAUACUUUUGUAAAUUAGCGACUAGCGUGUAACGAGAACAAUGAUGUAUCUAGACAAACGACGAGAGGGGAUGGCGAUGAUGACGAUCGCGAUGGAGAGAACAAAUAUAAUCAAUGAAUAAAAGAUGGUCUGUAAUCACCGCGAUUGCAUAUGAACUAUACUUGAGACGAUUAUAGCUCGUACAUUGUUACAUAUUGAGAGUCGAGGAGGGUGAACGAAUUAAUUUUAACUGCACGGAUUUUGCGAUUAUACGUAGUAUAUGUCGACCUUGUAUGAUUUCGCGUUCUGCAAGUCCAAGAGAAAAAGAGUAUAACUAUACACGGAGAAGCUCGAGGAGAACAAGAGCAACAGAAACGCGUUAUAUAUGUACCGAUGAUUUUUCAACAAACUGCGCGAUACGACGCACAAAUCACCGUCAAUUUGACCUUAACUUUUUUAACGUCUUUGUCACCGAUCUGUUGUAAUUGUGAGAAAUUCAGCGAAGAGGCUAACGUCGAUAUGUAAGUCUACGUCCCUCGAGCUUUCGCGCGAUCCGAGACAAUGAGACACACUCGAAUCUGGACGAUGCAAUUCAUUCAAAUCGAUUCUGGUCGUUAAAAUUAAAGAAAGGCGAGAAAAUCGAUUGCGCCGAGAAUGGAAAACCGAUUCGAUGGGGCAACAGCGCGCGGCUCCCAUUGUCCCGCAUUGUGCGACGAGCUCUGAAAAGCGUUUGUUUAUUUGCGCUUCCAUGGUCCUUCGUCGCCCCUUUGCGACGACGAUCGUUCAUUUCCGAACUAUACUCUGUGUGUCCCGCUCUUUUCAUUUCGCGCGAUCGGUGACCCGUUAUAAGCGCCGAUCUGCUCAAAAUAUAAACUAUAUAUAAAUUUCCAACUGUUUUACAAGACAAGUUAACGAUUAAACAAAAGAAAAAAUCCACAAAAAACAGUGUAACGUAUUGUAAUACACGCGAAACCGAGGCCAAUUAUGAGAGAGAUAGAUAGAUAGAGAGAGAGAGAGAGAGAGAGAGAGAGAGAGAGAGAGAGAGAGAGAGAGAGAGAGACGUAGAUGAAAACAGGAAUACGUCUUAAAACAGGGGCUGAGACGAUGCAACCUUUGACGUAUAUAUCUCUAGCGCUAUGUACACGAAUCACAUACACACACAAGACACGGAUCGAGAGGUUGAUGAGUCGCGAGGAGGAUUAUAGAAGCUAAGACGAUCGCGAAUUUCGAACGCCUGUAAAUACACACGUGAAUAAAUAGAUAAAUGCGUAGCUCUCAUCCAUACACACGAACACGUACCUUCGACGAAGUGUUUUUUCUUUCAACUGUACUGCGAGAUUAUCGAAAGCUGGAGACGAGGUUCUACAAACACAAGUGUCGAGCGCGCGAGGAGCCGAGUUUUCAACGGGAUGCGGUUUUUGCGUCCUCUAGUAGGUUAACAAGAUAAUUAACCGAAAGCUGUCGUAAUAACAAACCAAAAAGUAACACACGUUUCUUCUUAUAUCGAUUGUGAUCGGUGUACCUUAAACUAAAAAUAAAGCUCAUGUUCGUAUAUGCUGAAAACGGAAAACCCAUAAGCAAAAUCUCUAGGUAAUAACGAAAUUAACUAAACAAACUGUGUAGUAGUCGACUCGGUAGUUCGCUGUUGUAAACGAUAUGAAAGAUAAAGAGAGACGCGCGCGAUGAUGAACUCAGCCGAGGACCGUCCGCGAUGCUUCUGCGGACAAUGUACUUAAACGUUCGUGUGUGUCUCUGUAGGAGAAAACACGAGUUCAGGUUUCGAUUGUACAUAACUCGUCUCUCUCGUGUAGUCGUCGCGUAAAUUUCACUAAUCAUUGUGGGGCCUUCACUAACUACUAUAUAUGUUAAGCACGAGAAAAGUAUAUUUUGCCCAAAGCUCUAUUGUAUUCUCAAACUAAUUUCCUAAGUUACACACGAAGCGAAUCAGCGAAUCUAUCGUCGACCUGUGCGCAUACAAAAAGUCUCGCUAGGAAAGAAACUGUGAGAGAUUUCAAUCAAGCAGAGUCUGCAGAGAGUAGCAAAGGAUUCUAUCAAUUUUUAUCGCGGCUAUAGGUAUUGUCUAUUUCCCUCGGAGCCCCCACAGCGAUGUCGGUGACCGCGUCGGAAGCAGCUUGAAAUUGGAAAGUUCCCCAGACUCUUGCGCGCUCGCGAGAGACAACAAUAAAGACGUCGAUCAAUCUCUCGUUGUAACGAAUGCGCGCUAGAUCGAUAAUAAUUCACCGUGCAAUUUUCGCGCGUGAGCUGUCGCGUCGAGAAAUUAAAUUACGCGAGGGAUGACUUUCGCGGAAACUAGCUUCUUCUUCCUCUUCUUCUUUUCCGCUUCGCUGCUGAAUUAUUGAGCUCGCGAACUUCCCGAGAGUCGCUCGCUCUUCCUUACACAAAAUUAUUUUGGCGUCUGAAAAAUUAAUCAAAAGCUCGAGUCUCCAAAGGCAAUCUACUCGCUAUCCGAUAUCCCAGCCCGAAAAGCUCUCGUAAACUCGGGGCGCCAACGGCGCAGUAUAGCAGCAACGCGAAGUACCCGCAAGUUUCAGUUACAAAGCUAGAGAGAGAGAGAGAGAGAGAGAGAGAGUCUGCAUAGGGUAACGCGAAACUACGUGCAGAGAUCGCAUCAGCCGAUGCAAAUAUAACGAGCUCUCAGUGCCUAGUCAAACACGAGUUUGCGUUUGCAGGCCCGAUCAAACAAGACGUCGUCGCCGCGUGUCGGAAUCGCCAUGUAGCAGCAUCACUGGCACACACAGAGGGCUAAUUAAUCCUCGCGUUAUUCUAGGCGCAUAAACCAACGCUUGCGUCGUUAUUGUUUAAGGCUGUGUCUACAACGCGCCGAGGGAGCGAGCCUGAGUUAUGCUGUGUGUGUGUGUGUGUGUGUGUCUUUUCGGGAUGAAGGAAAUAAAUAUCGUUUGAUGGUCGCGGACUUUGCAGAUAUAUACGAAGUUGCUUCAUUGACGAUAGCGUCGCUGUGGCUAUAAAUACAAACGGAAUACAAGUUAAAAAUGGAAUAUCUGCGCGUCUAUUUUUAGACGCGCACUUUGCAUUGUAUAUCAAUUCGCGAAUGUAGGACGCGACAAUUUCCUUAAUGAAGAAAAUUGUUUGUUUGCAGCUACUGCGCGGAGAGGGAGAAUGUAAAUUCAGCAGUAUAGGAGCUUUGUAUAGACACACACAUACACAGGCAACUCGAACGCGACAAGUGUUUACGCGCUCUCGCGAGAGUUAUGUGUAUAUUCUUUGAUGCUCUCAGACGAGAGAGAGAGAGAGAGAGAGAGAGAGAGAGAGAGAGAGAGAGAGAGAGAGAGAAAGGGUAGCGUACAUAGAUGUCGCGAGGCAGAGAUUAGGCCACGUGUCGAUUCUUAUUCAGCUAUUGCUAAAAGGCGCAAAGUCAUCGUCGAUUCGAAGUCAUUCAGCGUAUACCUAGAACAUAUACCUAUUUAUAAUAUACGCUUCGCGAAAAACAAGGUAAUUGCGAAGUCUGCCAAAGACAGCUGCACAAACACACAUGCUAACGCGAGCUGCUGACAGCUGUUCAAGCUGUGGCUAGCGAGGAAAAACAGCUAUACCUCCUUCGCGAUGUAGUCCGCAAUUUCGUGCUGUAUACUGAUGCACUUCAUAAUCGAAUCGAUGACUCGCGCAGGACAUUCGACGUAGCGAACGGGAAUUUUGUAUGCGCAUUCAAUUAGAGUAAUUGGCGAUGGAUUCGCGAUCUGCUGAUUGAUCAGAACAAACGUUUACACUAUAAUCACGAAACAGACGUCGACGUAUAGAAGUCCUCCUAUAUGUACGAUACAUGCACACACGCACAAACGCAUUUGCAAUCACUAUAGCUAUAGUAAUCGGCUAAAUCGAACGGAGCAGAAAGAGAGUGAAUAAAAAAAAACGAAAGAAAGAAACGGAGAUAAACUUUUUCCGAGUCACUGGCAGGGAGGGAAACUUGUUGCGCCCGCGGAUUAGAGCUUGCGAGAUCACCGCAUCGAAGACAAAUCGGUCGGGCGAUCGAGCUUGAGAUUGAAUCGAUUGCUUUUCUCGCUGUCGCUUUUUUCCAUUGUGUGAUAAGCUGGAAGUCCGUUGCUGCACGUGUGUGCGCGUCUUAGAGGGCGUUGCGUUGAAUGCUUGUGUGCGCGAGUUCCGGGCAGUAGACUGGUUCCGCGAUGCCUUAGAUUAAGAUCGCACGCUUUCGUUGAUUCGAUCAUGCAAAGUCUAUAUUUCGCUCUGUAUCUAUAUAUCUAUAACUGUAUCUAUACCUAUAAACUCUAUAGCAAGAACGACAUUGUUUUUAAACUAUAUAUAUAAAUAUUAUAUAUAUACACGUACUAAAUGGAAAACUAUUUAUUAUAGCUCUAUUUAUAAAAAGAAGAUUAUAUAUUUACGGUUGAAAAGGCGUUUUUAUUUAUGAAAAGUUUACGACUGCGUUAUGCACCAAACUGCGCACGAGGAGAGAACGUCGAGCUCAUGUUGACGAGGAGUUGAUCGUUUUGAAAGUCUGUUUUAUUGCCGUGUAUGAGGAUAUAAUUCUGGCGCGAUGUUCUCUUCGAGUGAAAUAUCUUUAAACAAAAUACAACACUGUAAGCCUCUAAAACAAAACUCAUGCAUAUCUUGAAAAAAACCUCUUCUAUAUCUACGCGACGAUUAGCGAUAGGCUGAAAGCUCGGGACGGUCCCUUACGCGUAUAUUUCCUAAAGACGAAAGAAAUUAACUAGAAAAGAUGAAAGUUCGCGGCACUGCGUUCAAAAGUUUGAUGAAAAUAAUAAUAAUAAUAGUGAACAAUCGAUUUUAAAGCUAGAGUUUAAACAGAGAUUAUAUAUAUAUAUAUAUAUAUAUAUAUAUAUAUAUAUAUAUAUCCAAACUUCUAAAACUAGUGAGUGUUUCAAACUUAUAAAGUGUAUAAUCGAUCCAUUGGCAGUUUUGUACUCAAACUAUAUAGUCGUUGAUAAGUUGUUAUAAGUGUGCAACAAAAACUAAAUAAAAGAGAGAAAGAGAGUUGUGAGAAGAAACUUUUGACACAGUGCACCGUGGUACGUUGGAAAAUAAUCUCUACUGUUCAGAUCGAUGUGUAGACUUUCGUAUUAUCAAAGAUUUUUUUAAAAACACACAAACACACACAUGUACGCGAAAGAGAAAAAGACGAACGAAAUUUUUACACUGAAGGUAAUGCCAACGAUGACACUAACAGAGAAACGUGCGGUUCGCUUAGUUUUUUUUCGGUUUCGGGGUAAACGAAUCACGUUUGAUAAGCGAAAUUGAGUGAGCGAAAACAAGGCGAGACAAAAAGAGGAAUUCCCGCGGUAUAGCUAGAUAUUGAGCAAAAAAAAAUAACGAAUAAUACACUUCUCUGUCGUUGUCAUCCCGCAUGUUUAUUCGAUAACGAUGUGAAAAAUAAACGCUGCUACGCUCGUAUAUCAAGCGCCAAAAAAGAAAAUAAAAUAUACACACACAGCGGAUGUAUAGUUAAUAAAAAUGAUGCAUUACACUGUACGAUUGAAUUGAAUAAUAAAUGACAUGUGUGCAAGAGUUUGAAAAACAUAGCACAGUAUAACUGAGCGAGGAGUGAGAAAAACUUACGCGCAUACGUAGAUAUUAAAAAUUGCAACAAAAAAAAACAUUCGUAUAAUACACUUGAUAAUCGGGAGCUGGCGGUCACACGUAUGUCUGUAUAUACAUAAUCUGAAUAUUAUACCCUUUUGAGCGAGACUCGACGUAUACAUAACGACGAUGUAUGGAGGUACAUUAAACAAAUAAAUAAAACAAACAAAUAAUCGGCCCGAUGCACUGUGCAGCCCCGCGGCUCUGAGAAAUGGGAGGCGGACGAAGUCCGCGAGAGCCCUUUGUAAAGUAUUUUUAUAUAUAUACCCUAUGUGUAAAACAAUUAUACGAUAUAAACAACUGCUACUAUCCACGUGCUCUAAAACACUAUAACAAGAGAAAUAUUGAUAAGCGAAAGAAUUAUGAUUACGACAGACGAUUAGACAAACACAACAAACUCGCCAUUGCAUAAUAUGCCUGCUGCAUCCCCCUGCAUACUGUGUGUAAGUGUUCGCGAAAGGACGAUCAGCGAGAAAAUAAUUAAUUUUUUCCUUCAAAAUUGAUCGCAUUUCUAAUCUUUUCCAAAACGAGGAAAAAAAAAAUUCGCCAGCGCGAGAGUCACGAGGUUACCUGAGCGUAUUUUCUGAAGCACACGCGCGGGCGAGAGAAAGAUUUAUUACUGGUUUUAAUUUAAUUGGAAAGCACACGCGCGUGUAAUUGAAUUCGCGCGAAGCAAUUAUUUUCUUGCUGUAUCUCCACUUAUGUACACGUAUAGAGAAGAAAUAAAAACGCAAAUCAACGCCCCCGUUCCUCUGUAUACUCCCCCAGUUCGUAUGCGCAAGCGCAUAUCUCUUUAUAUGAAUAAAUAUAUGUCUGUCUUCGACUCGCGGGAAACUUGUUAUCUUCUCAUUAUCCGCCCCGUCACACAAAGAUCUGCGGAUUUUUUCCAGAGCGAAUGUACUAACUAAUGUUAAAUCAAUAUUUAUCCAGAGAUUCUAUAAAAAUUCUCCAAAGACAAUUCCAAUUCAAGAGUAGUUCGCUCUGAAAAAAUUCCAGCUAUAUAAUAAUCGAACACACUCAUCGCGUUUUGACUCUUCCGUCUUCCUCCAAAAGAAUUCCAUCAACCUAAUUCAAGAUAACAAAUAAUAAACUUGAAUGUCACCCCCAUACGUGAACCUCGAUACUUAAAUGAUAAUUAAUAUACGUGUUUGUAAAAUGCGAUAAAGAUGAUCGUCUCUAACGGGGGGCAAUUUAUAUAAUAUACCCAUAUAAAUAUAACAGAUAAAACAAUCUAUAUCAAUUUCGCCCGUCGCGACGUACACACAUAAACAAACAGUAUGCCACCGAGCUUUAGGCGCGAAAGCUCAUUUACUAAUCGAAUUGCUGAUUUUGCGAAGAGAGAAAAUCCACGAACCAACGCAUAUGUACCCGUCUAUGUAUACGCAAACAUCGUAGACGCAUAGUCCGUGAUUCCAAUUAUCCGAGUAAUUAGCGCGAGAGGGGCGAGAGAGACAAAUUAGUCGCGCGCGCGCGCGGCGCAAAAAGGGAAAGUCAUUAGUGCUGUUGAUACAAUUAGCUCGAUCAAUCCUGCGUCGGCUAAAUAAAAGAGUAUAACAAAUCAAGGAGUAGAGAGAAAGAACGAUGAUAUAUUUUAGAGUCGAUCUAUUACUAUAUCUAUAUAUACACUAAGUACGGUGACCGGGGCAGGAGAGGCGGAGAGAGUAAUAUAAGAGUGUAGUUUUAUAGAAGGUUCUUGCAAAUGUAUAUUUUUUUAAAUAUUCGGCUUUUUGGAAGCUUAGAUACAUACGUGACCGUUGUAAUAUGUGUACUCUGUGCAUACCUUGGGACGAUGAUGUAAAUUCAUCUGCAAAUGAGGAUUCGUGAUUAAACACCAAUUAUGAUUAGUGCUCUGUGUUGACGAUUGUUAUUUAACGAUGUUGCGAAAUUUCAUAGUUUAAUCCGUGGUAGUAGAUAUCAGUAUUUGUAGCGUAAAUGUGUACGAUUAUUAAAAUUUGGAUAGAUUGAGUUUCACGAUGAUUCUUUUGUACACAGCCAGAAACAAUUGCAUUGUGAUGAUGAUGAUACAAAACUACUCUCAGUAAUAUCAGUACACAUGAAAGUCAGCAACUAUUUAAGGAAAGUUACAUAAUCGCAAUUCCAUUAGUAAAUAAAUAAAUAAAUAAAUAAACGCAAAGUCCGACUCGUUGAAAAUAAGCCGCUCCUCCGUGUUUAAGCUUUCGACAGAGCGAUUAUACGCCCCCUUGUCGGAGUUUGUUGGCCCGGCGACACUUUGAUCAUAAGAGUAAUUAAAUAUAGUGAUUUAAUACAGUGUGGAAAAGAUCGUGCGAUCGAUAAUCCCAGUCGCGUUAACUAACGACUCUUUAACUUUCGAGUGCGCAAAGUAGUGAAAUCGCAGGACUCGUCGUCGAGAGAGUGUGGUUCCCAUUUUACCACAAUACAGAGCACAAGCAAAAGUUGCAGAGGUUUAAAACUCGAAGCAGAACCUAUUAUUAAAAAAAAAAA